CAUGAGAAUUGGAGAACUGGAUGUGCAUCAGGUCGCCCCAUCGCCGUUGGAAACCCCCUGGAAAUCAUUCAUCCAUUGAAUUUCCCCUUCCCGUCUUGUCGCCGUCAACUUUUUAAUUAAUCUAAUUCCUCCCCCUCCUUACCUGGUCUCAUCUUGUCUUGCUGUCCUGUCUUCUGUCUUUGCUGCCCCUCGAUUACUGUUUAUAUUCGAACCUCGCCUUUUCUGUUAUUCGCUCUCUCAAUCAUUGUCCCUCAGCCGCAGCGCAACCCAGUCGCAGUUCCCGGGCUGAUCCAUUAUCAAGCCCCAAUUUCCAGGCCAAGCUAUCCCCGAGAUAUCGUGUGGGACCUCAUUUCUCGUGUUUGUGAAUCUGUGUAAGUGCAGAUCAUUGUUCACAGACACAACGUCACUGUCAAAAGUCACAAGGUUGAUCUCGCGAGGGUCGGUCGACUACUGUACUGCUACGCAUCGAUAAAUCAAGUUCAAGCUCUAUCACACUCUGCACGCUCUUUUGUUUAGCACGGUACCAGCAUAGCAUCCAUAGCAUGAUGGCUGCCACCAACGAUCAGACACCGUCAUUUCGCUGCGACUCCCCGCCUCCAGACGCUCUUCCAACACCAGCUAUCGGUGCAUGCCCAGAGCUCUCUCGCUGCUUGUCGACGACAUCCUCUUGGUCGCAUGGCAGUAACGAUGCCAAUCCUCGGGAUGCUCUGGGCAUUGAGAAAUUCAACCGUCAUUCCACCGGAAGCCUCGACACUAGCGCGCUGAAGAAUCGCCAUUCAGAUAUUUCGGCCAUUUCUCGUCACUCCAGUUAUAACUUUGACGGCAGGAGUCGCCGACGGGGAUAUAUGCGGCCGCAAGGAACUGAUUUUGCCGCCAGCGCCCGAUCCCGCGAGAGUGUGAUGAGCCUGGGCAGCAUCGCGCAUCUGCAGUACUAUUUUGCUCGAACAGGCCUACUUGACGGCAAGGGUGGCCAACUGGCCAGGAAGAAGCAGCAGCGCGCCACCCUGGAUCUCUCUUCCUUGGACACGAAUGCCGAAGCUUUGCCCAAGAUCGUUGGCUCGGAUUUUGACUCGUCAUACGCCUCUACCGACAGCAGCCCAGAUUUCAGCUCCCAGGGCUUCGGCACCGACCUUGUUGAGUCUCCUAUCGAGGAGCUGGAUGAUUACUAUGAGGACAACUUCAGUGAUCUUGGUGGUGAUAUGCUCCCACCGACUGUGAGUACGUAUCACCACCGUGAAAAGGUGGUCCCUAAGCCACCUACCAUUCUGGAGCUCAAGUCAGAACUCGAGCAAACGCUUGGCGACGCCAAGAAGGCACUGAAUGAAGUUGAGGCGCGAAGAACCGGUACUUACGAGGCACCGGCCAUUGUCCCCGAUUACCCCAACAUGCCAGCAGAAAACACACAAGGAUGGUUUGAGCUGCAAGGAAUGCAUAUUCUCGAUGUUGUUACGCUGGCAAUCCGCGCGGCAAAAAUCUACUACACAGCACACGAACUGCCUGACCGUCUUGACUCUAUUAAACCCGAGAAGCAAGUCAGGGCAGACCUGCUAGCUGUCAUGGAAACAUUAAGGCAGAUGGCCACCCGAAAUUUCAAAGAAGGCAUGAGGCAAGAGGAGAUCAAAACGAUGAAUGACUGGGUCGAGAGUGUCUUCGACAUCUUGAAAAAGGAACAGGAGAUCGAAGAUGCGGAGAGGGCUGAACGGGUCGGCUGGACAUGGCUCAAGGGCGACUGGUCUGGUCGCGAAUUGGAGCGGGAACGAUCGUUUCUCAUGUCCAUGGACACGGCUUCUGAACCUUUACCAGAAUGGAAGUCAAUGUCGCCUGCAGAUGCGAAGCCUACCCCUUUCCUCGAAGCCAUGCAGAAUGGUGUGCGACUGGUUAAGCUUCACAAUGCCGUUGUGCACAAAUCACGAAGACGAUUUGGUGCCAUUGGAAGCUUUCAUACCGAUACCCAGAAGCCCUAUCGUUGCGCUGAUAACUUACGAUACUGGGUCAAAGCUGCCGAACUGCGCUUCGAGGUCAUGUUGAAAGUCGAUGUGCUCGGAGUCCAGUACAACACAUCUCCACAGGUCUGGGUUGAUUUUGAGACCGCCAUUCUCAAGUGGUCUCGCCAUGUGCGCGAGGAGAUCACUCGCGAGCUUGAGUUAUAGCAAGCGAAUCUUACACACUCUUUUUUGUUUCUGAAGUGACGAGGGACAUGCCCAGCUCGAUUCACUAAUACCCUAAUGAUUGGACGUUGAGGACUACACAGGAGUUCACUUUGCUGGUUUUCACUUUUAUUUUCUUUGUUAUUCCUUCACUUUUUUACCCUGGAAAGAUCAUCGGAAAUUGCAUAUUGCGCAAAGAGCAUACCGACCUCUUUUGUUCCGCCGGCAUGACGAAAGCACUUUGAAGCACGUUAUUUUAUAUUCACCUUCUUAAACACCACCGGCUUGGAGAGCCCGGCAACGCCCUUUUCUUCUUAGACAGAACUCCCACUACAUUCUAGCAUAUACCCAUUGCAUAGGCUUAACGCGGAUGAAGACAUGUUCAGCUUUAAGCUGUUAGACUGAAUAAAUAACGUAAAUACACUAUACUUAUCACCUUGAUUCUCUACUCUGACAUAUGAACUUGGAUCAGAAAGG